AUGGAAGAUAAAGAUAUCCAUCGAUUAGAAGCCUCAGAAAAUAUUCAAGGUGGUUUAGUGAUAACGAAAAAGAAGCCUGAUACAUUUAAAGUGCCCCAAGUUUCAAAAUUAGGUUUAGAUAAACUCGCUGCUAGCAAGAGGCUAGAAAAAGAAUUACGAUCUCGAUUAUCAUUUGAUGAGCGAGAUAAAGAUGACGAAGAAGCCACCGGCUCUAAUUCUUCAAAAGACAGUAAAGAACAGUCUAAGUUAUCCAAAAAUUUUAGACAACCUCAUAUAGAAACUCCAACGCACACAGGGGGUCUAUCAGACAAGGCCAGAGAAAAGUUAGAACACCAUAAAUAUAAUGAUAGAAGCCACAAAGGAGUGUAUGCUUCAACCAAGGAUAAAGAUAAAAAUCGAGAUAGAGACAGUAGUAAGGACCGAGAUAGAGACAGAUACAGUUCACGCCAUAGAGAUUAUGAUAGACGUAGUUAUGAUAGAAAACGAGAUGAUAGAUCAACAAGGAAACGUGAUAGAGACUAUUCCAGUCGAAGUGAAGGCACACCUAGAUUCAGAGAUGAACCAAGAACACCAAAUAUCUACCCCGAAAAGGACAGACCUGGUAAAAGUUCUUGGGAAGAUGAUGAUGAAAAGGUACCACUAAAAAGGUCAUCUUGGGAUUUACCUACACCUAAAGUGCAUAUUGAACAAACAAAUUUGGAUAGUGUAAGAAGUAGUAAAAGAAGAAACUAUAAUGAGACACCUAGGCCCACACCAGCACACAGGUAUAAUACAUGGGCUGCAGAGCGUAAACGUUCAGGUGCCACACCUAUGGUUGAUAAUUCUCCAGAAAAACCUUGGAAAACUGAAGAAGAUAAAGAUUUAUGGGAAGAAGAACAGCGUAGACUCGAUCGUGAAUGGUAUAACAUUGAUGAAGGGUUUGAUGAAGAAAGGAAUCCAUUUGGAAGUUCUGAUUAUACAAAUCGUAAAGAGCAACAAAUGGAGAAGAAGAGAAGAAUGACUGCCAGACAAAGACAAAUUAAUCGAGAUAAUGAGUUGUGGGAACGUAAUCGUAUGUUAACAUCUGGUGUUGUUAUGACCACCAAUGUAAAUGAAGACUUUGAUGAGGAAACCAUAGAUAGAGUUCAUUUAUUAGUGCAUCAUAUAGUGCCUCCAUUUUUGGAUGGAAGAAUGGUUUUUACAAGGCAGCCAGAUCCAGUUGUGCCUGUUAGAGAUCCUGGGUCAGACAUGGCACUCACAGCUCGCAAGGGCAGUGCUUUAGUAAGGGUAUAUCGAGAACAAAAAGAGCGAAGAAAAGCCCAGAAAAAACAUUGGGAACUCGGUGGAACCACAAUAGGUAAUAUUAUGGGUAUCAAAAAGGAAGAAGAAGAAGCUGAUUCAAAAUUAGAUGCUGAAACCGAUACUGCCGAUUAUCGGAGUGAUCAGAAAUUUGCUGAACACAUGAAAGAUCAAAAAGAUACUGGAAAAAGUCAUUUUUCUAAAUCUAAAACUAUUAUUCAACAGAGAAGAUAUUUGCCAGUUUUUGCUGUCAGACAAGAAUUAUUGAAUAUAAUUAGGGAGAAUAAUGUUGUGAUUAUUGUUGGUGAAACUGGUAGUGGAAAAACAACUCAAUUAACUCAGUAUUUACAUGAAGAGGGUUACAGUAGAUUAGGCAUGAUAGGUUGUACACAACCUAGACGUGUUGCUGCUAUGUCUGUUGCCAAACGUGUCUCUGAUGAAAUGGGAACUCAACUAGGUGAUGAAGUAGGUUACGCAAUUCGAUUUGAAGAUUGCACAUCAGAGAAAACAAUAAUAAAAUACAUGACUGACGGUAUUUUAUUGAGGGAGAGUUUAAGAGAAAGUGAUCUUGAUAAUUAUUCUGCAAUUAUUAUGGAUGAAGCUCAUGAAAGAUCUUUGUCUACAGAUGUGCUGUUUGGACUACUAAGAGAUGUUAAAAUUAUGUAG